AUGCCGAAAGUACCAGAUGGAAAAGCAAAGGAAGAUGCCAACAAAGAGAGUAGGAAGAAGGAUCAGGCAAAGUCGAGCAAGGUUACGAUACAUGGGGAGAUAGCUCAGUUUGUAUUCAGUGGAGAUAGGGAUCCAGUCAUACACAGCACUCUCAAAGCCAAUCCGGGAAGGUUUGCAAAAGCUGUCGAUAACCACAUCGCCUCACUCAAGAAAAAAUACCGUCAAUCUUGUACAACGCUGGGUCAUACUGGAGCUGGUCUCACUUUUGACCAACUAGAAGGGAACCCCAACUACAAAGGACCAAUUGGUGCGUUCCUACGCGUGAUCACUACAAAAUUCAAGAUCUUCAACCGUCUGCAUGGCUUUUGGCGGAAAAUCCCCAACUAUAAUCUGUUCACAACGUCAUCAGAUCCAGACCAGGAUCACGAGGCGCAGGCAUUCAAUAUGUUGUUCCCAAACAAGCGUAGCCGGAGUCGAGCUGACCAUCAUGCAGCAAGUGAACCCGCAAUGCAGGUCCACAAUCAGCUACCUCAACAACCUCUCCCCCAGAGCCAUGGGUAUGAGGAUUAUCAGCAUUUCCAGAAUGACAACUUUGUCCACCAACCGUUCAAUCAAUUUGCUCAGUUCAGUCAAAUCCCUCCGCAUAUCAACCAUCACAGUAGUUCUCUCGCCAAUUCUGGCAUGGUAUCUUCAGCUUCUUCCUUGCCAAACAAUUCAUCACUACCUUCGCUACCGCCUAUCGCAACUGAUCCUAGUUUUUUUGACCCAAAUGCCGCCAGCCUUUUCCCAGAAGCAUACCAUCAAUCCCUUUCUUCACUUUUCCAGACAAACCAUUCCUCUCACUCUUUCGUGCGUGAUGUACCAUUUCAAGAUAUACCCUUCCAGCUUCCAAGUUCUCCUGUCUCUGGAUCCGUGUCUGGACACUCUGGUUUCUUUAUGAACCAGGCUCCCGCUUCUCCCGCCUCGGGCCACUCCAGCUUCUACGCAAGCGUACCUCCAGGCUCUCCGUCCUCUGGCCAGUCUGGCUUCAGUGCAAAUCCCAGCGCGAACCUCGUUCCUCUCUCACCUAACCCUGGCUUCUUUGCGAACCUUCCCCCGUCUUCUCCCAUUUCUCGCUUGGCCUCACCUCCUCCCCCCGUCCCAUCUAAGCUUACUGCAACUGCGCCCGCAAAGAUUGUCAAAUCGGGAAAACGGCCAUCUGCUGUGACCGUCAGAGAGACACUCCGGGCCCAGUUAGCAACAUCGUCAGGCAACAAAGUGAGCACAGAGCGUCUUAUCACCACAGACAGAAGGGUCAGUACAAAGGACGCUGGGACCCCACAGUCUGCAAAGGUGGACGACAGGCCACGUAAGCAGCCACGAUCUCAUAUUGAGGACAAUGUGUCCUUGAUGCAGAAGGUGAUGGAGCCUGUUGCGCAGGCUAUGCAAGGACAGCAAAGCCUUGCACAGGAGGCACUCCAAGUUAAGGGAGGUAAGGUAGCCGCAAGGCAUGCGAAGUACAUGGCCAUAGCAGAACGUGCAUGCAGUGACAGGCGGUCUAAAGAUAAGGAAGCCACUGUGUUGGAACACGAACAGUUCAAGGAGAAGCUGCAGUUAGUUAACAGAAGUCAGGUACAAAGGGAACAAGAACAGCGACAACACGAGAAGGACAUGUUUGAAAUGAAAUUCAAACUCAUCCAAGCCGUCAAGGAUAUCCCUGGUGUGGAUAGUAGCAUCAUCUCUUCCCUUCUCGCCAAUAACUCUACCUCGCCUGCUCCCUCUUCGCUGGUGUCCAAUUUCUUUGAGCAGUCAAUUUCUGGCCCUGUUGCUUCCUCUUCCACUUCCGUAUCCACCUCUGCUUUCAAUUCUCGUGCAUUGGACAAUUAUAAAGAUUACAGCGGUGAUGAUGAUGCUGAUGAUGAUGCUGAUGACAAUGAAGACUCAAUGGCAGUUGAUGGGGGGUUGUACGAGUGA